GGUGUUUCAAAAAUUUCUGAAUACUUGCAUACAAUAGCCGAUUGCUUAAUACGUUGGAAUUCUUCUUAUCUCAUCUGGAAUCGACUCCUUAAAUUAAAAAAUCAUAUUAAUCUUCUUGUUAACCUACUUGCAGCCCAAUCUAAUUCUAAUACCAAGAAA